CGAGAAACGUCUGUCUCCAUUACAUGUGGGUCAUCAUUCACCCACCAACGAGGAUGAUCCUUCUUCUCCCCGGCGUCCCAUUCUAGUGGCUCGUCGAAUCCGAUCUGCGAGACCCAGUGCCGUUCCAUGUUACCUCCACCUUUGGCAUGUGUCUUUUCAGUCCAGAACAUGGGGACUCUGUACGCCGGGAAAUCUAGGAUACCGAUUCUUAGGAUGGUGGCCCUGUGUGGCCAUACCAUACGUCCCCACUUCCUGCAAGAUUCCCUUAUAUAUAGAGCAACUGAAAGGCACCUGGAUCUUCUUCCACAACAACAUUUCAGACAGCCAUUCACCAUGUUCUUGUUGGGUACUGCCUUGGCUCUGCUCCUCGGGAGCGGACCGGUUUCUGCUGGCUCACUCCGAGACAUCAAACAUGUCGUGAUUUUCAUGCAAGAGAAUCGGUCAUGGAAUAGUUAUUUUGGCACUAUGGCUGGGGUUCGAGGAUUCAACGAUCCAAACGUGCAGGUGAACCCGGAUGGGUUACCGGUUUGGUACCAACAGGUCGAUCCUGACAUGUCCAAGGAUACAACGACUCUUCUCCCAUGGUACCUGGGCUAUAAAGGAGGCAACUCGACAGAUGCAAUCCAGUGCAUGGCAGCUGGGAACAAUGGCUACGAAGAUAGUCAAGCAUCACUCAACGGUGGCCUGAACAACCAUUGGGCACGGAAUAACACCCCGUGGAGUUGGGGAUAUUUCAAGAGGGACGAUAUCCCUAUCCAUUAUGCGAUUGCAGAGGGGUGGACAGCAGGUGAUAUGUAUCAGGAAUCUCAAAUCACCUCCACAAAUCCCAACCGUGUCACUCUGGUCAGCGGUUCUGUCAAUGUGCCGGGUGGUCCUCAGAAUCCAGACCAAGGUGGGGUCUAUAUCGAUAAUAACGUUACCCCAGGAUGUGACAGCUAUAACAUCAACUGCUACCCUCUCAAGUGGAAAACUAUCUUCGAAGUCUACGAGGAUGCGGGUGUCUCCUGGCAGGUCUACCAGGAUAAGGACAACUUCGACGACAACCCCCUAGCUCGGUUCGAGCAGUUCCAGAACGCUUCGUCUUCCUCACCUCUGGCAGAGAAAGGGAUGGCAUAUGUGGGGCUGGACGCAUUCUACGAAGCGGCUGCUAAUGGAACGCUCCCGGAGAUCAGCUUCAUCGUCGGCCCCGCAGAGCUGUCGGAGCACCCGCCUUAUAUGCCAAAGGACGGUGCCUGGCUGCAGAAGAAGGUUGUGGAUGCUGUGACCAGUAGUCCCCAAUACUCCUCCACACUGCUUAUGAUUAGUUACGACGAAUCCGGUGGCUAUGGAGACCAUGUGAUCCCUUUCCAUUCACCUGAAGGGACCCCUGGUGAGUGGAUGGAGGAUCCAUAUGGUAUUUUUGGAGAACUUUAUGUCGGUCCUGGACUUCGCGUCCCUUUCUACAUGGUGUCUCCAUGGACUCGUGGCAACCGUGUUUUCACUGAGCGAGCGGACCACAAUUCCCAAAUUCUGUUUCUGGAGCAAUGGCUUACUGCCAGGGGCUACGAGAAUGUGCAGACACCAGAAAUGGUUCAUUGGCGUCGAGAGCACAUGUCCGACCUUGUCAACGCAUUGGACCUAGACCACCCCGACACUAGUAUUCCCAAAUUACCAGAGGCGGAAGAGCCCGAGAUGUCCGCAGGUUCUUACGUGGGUACUUCUAAUUGUGAAGCAACGUACCCAGAGCCACGCCCUCCUGCACCAUACGGGAAGCAGAAUGUGACCGAAUCCUUGUUCUUCGAGGAUGGAUAUAAGGAGUGUGUAGGCUAUUUGACUGAGGGACGGUACCUAGUCUUCGAGAAGUCUGGAUAUGCGCUUACCAAUACCGGCAACGCAACCCGUUUGAGCAGUACGGCAGCUCGUGAGGACCACAGUGACAAGAAGCAGCGAUGGGUCGUUCAUUAUUCCAGUGGCGAAGAAAGCCAGAUCUUCAAACUCUCCAGCGCUCUGGAUGGUAAGUGGCUUGGCCCACGGGGAACUCUUUUGUCAGCUGGUGGUCGUAGCGCUGCUGCUGAAGUGAAGAUCACUUUCCGUGGAAAUGGUCAUGGGUAUGAUCUGCAAUAUGUCAACUCGACUAUUAUCGCAUUGAGCGAUCAAGGGGCAUUGCAGAUGAAUGCGACCAAGAGCGCCGGGGAUGGCUACAAGGUUUGGAGUGUCACAUACCACUAGGUUGUGACUGUUCCAGACAGACAACAUGAUUUCUUCAUGAUAGGAAGCUUGGUAGCUGGUCUACUAGGCAAUCACCAUCAGCAUAGCGUUAUUUGCAGAUUCACCUUCUUAGAAUAUAGAGCUAGA